AUGAACCUGACAGAAUUUAAUCAGUCUGACAGCUGUGAUCAUUUAUCCUGUCCAGAGAGAUCUGUAUCUCCUGCAGUUUAUAUCUUAAUGUACAUGUGUUCAGCUGCUGUGGUUCUGCUAACAGUGUGUGGAAAUCUGCUCAUCAUCAUUUCUAUUCUUCACUUCAAGCAGCUUCACACACCAACAAACAUGCUGCUGCUCUCUCUGGCUGUGUCAGAUUUUCUUCUUGGUGCUUUAGUGAUGCCGCCUGUGUUUAUCUGGACUAUCAAGUCAUGCUGGAUUUUUGGGAGAGAUUUCUGCAUCAGAUCUGAGAGAAAAGCAGCUAAAGUUCUUGGUAUUUUAGUGUCUGUGUUUCUGGUGUGUUUACUUCCAUUUUAUAUUAACGAGAAGCAUCCAAUUGCACCAAGUCUGCAGCUCCUGCCCGUCCUCCCUGCAUGUGUGAAACACAUGAGAUAUUGCUGGGGAGACCUGCUUGAUCUGAAACAGCGGGGCUUGAGCAUUCAGGAGAGCCAGCCAUUCGAUGUUGAGCCGCACAGCAGCGUGUUCACAAAGCUCCAACAGUACCGAUUUAGGUGGGGUGGAGGGAGCCUGAGGGGCCGUGGAAGAUGGGAUGGCUUCCACUUCAUCCGAGCCAUCGAGAAGGCCCACCUCGACCUCAUCCCCAGAACCUGUCGGUCCUUCGGGAAAAUGGUCGUCGGCCGAGAGAUCUGUAUCUCUCUGAUUUGUCUUAAUUCCACCAUUAAUCCAGUUAUUUAUGCUCUGUUUUAUCUGUGGUUCAGGAGGUCUGUUAAAUUAAUCAUAACUCUGCAAAUAUUCCAGACAAAUUCUGCAAUAAUCAAUGUUCUUUCAUGA